AUGCAUAGAUAUCUUAAGCUUGCAUCCGGCCUGUUCUCCUGGACGCUUCGAAUUGUCUGCGCGGGUCAUUUGGGAGCUCAGUAUCUUUGUGAGUUCACAGAAACCAGGGGAGAAUCCAUGCUUCCUACGUUACAAGCCAGACACGAUUUUGUAUAUGCCAAUAGAACACAUAGACUAGGGCGAGGCCUAGAUAUGGGCGAUAUAGUCGUUGCCGUCAAGCCGUCGGAUCCAGACCAUAAUGUGUGCAAACGUAUCUCUGGAAUGCCAGGCGACGUCAUUUUGGUGGAUCCUUCAAGCUCUUCAACUGUGUCAAAUAGUGUCUCAACAUGCGAGCGUAAUGAUGGGUUCAACAAAUUCGUGGUUGUUCCUGAGGGCCACGUGUGGGUGACCGGCGACAACUUGAGUCAUUCGUUAGACUCUCGCUCAUAUAUGUGGCUUCCAAUGGGACUAAUAAAGGGCAAGGUUUCUGCCGCUGCAUCGUUAGAUCAAGGGUUGUUUGAUAAGGAUGGGAAGUUUUGGUUUUUUAAUCUUCGGUGGCUUAAGCGGAACUUCGAAGAUGAACCAUAG